GAUUUAUCUGUUCAUACUUCAUAAGUAUCAGUUGAAAAAUAGUUUGUUAUUAUUCAUUAUUCAAUUAAAAAUAAGCUUUUUAUAAUUUCGAGUUUGUAUUAUUUUAUUGCUAUUAAAUAAUUAACAAUAUUGUGUUUUGCAUAUUGCUGAUAAGAUUCAUAACGUCCCUAAUUUUAACGUAGGUAACCUUCAUGUAUACAAUGCCGACGAAUUUUAAAGAAUCUUGUUUUUAAUAUAAUGGAAGCUAAGGAAGAAUCUUCAUCAAUGAGGAAUAUACAGGAACAAGAAUUAGUUAACGUAGAGCACAAAUCGAGUAAGGAUUCGUUAAAGGAAAGAGGACAAGGUGAUGGCGAUGACGAAGUGUGCGAAACAACGUCAAACGAAAAAGAAACUUUUACACAAAUUGUACAGAGGUCAGCUGAUACACAAACUAAUACAAGUUUAGAACCUAAUGACCAACAAUCUAUUUCUGUUGAACACGUAGAAAGAUCACAUAUGGCCAUUUCAAUUUACGAAAAUAGUGCAACAAGUUCACAUUGUAUAAGGCAAGCAAGCUAUAGCAAGAAUUUGACUAAUUAUAAUGAUUUUAUAGGAUCCCAGUGUGAAAAAGUUCCAAGUGAAAGUGAAAAAACUAGUAACGAAAAGCUCUACAUUUGUGAAAUUAAUGAACCUUCUACAAGUGGCCUUCCUAUAGCUUCAACUAGUAAGUGUGAAAGUAUAUCUUGUAAUAGUGAAGGAAAAGAAAAUAAGAAAAGACCAUCAACACUAAGGCUCAAAAGGCCCGUGCCUGAAGGUGAAGACAGUUCAAGUGAUACAGGAAAUGAUGAUUAUUCACUGGGGUCCGAAGAUGGUUGUAUUUAUACAUAUAGAGGUGGUGAACAUUUAGCUGAUCUACCAAGUUCUUUCUUUAGCUUAGAUAUGGGAUUGCCAUUGACCCCAAAUUCAGCAAUAGCUCCAGCUGUGCCAGCAGUACCUCAAGCAGUAAAUAACAGACCUGGUUCACGAGCUUCCAGUCCUGAUAUGGAUUUCUUGGAAAUGGACUUUGAUCCUGGACCCUCCUGCGAAGCAGACACUGGUGACGAAUCAACACCUGAAGCUGAUAUAGAAGUUGUCAGUGUUCCUGAAGUCAAUGAGCAUGUUAUAAGAGGAACAUCACCGGAAUAUCAGCCUGGUGUGGUACAGCCACUUAUGCAUCCUGUAGCACAAAGCAGCACUGUUAAACCAUCAAUAUUUGAUGUGCCAUCUACUAGCAGUGAUAAUGUUCAUGUGCAGAAUCACUGUACCAUAGUUAAAAAGUUAAGGGUAACUCGUACAGAGUACAUAAAUCAUGUGAAUGUGAGAGGAGAACGACUAAGGGUUCGAAGGACAAUGGCGUAUCACCCAAAUCCUGAACCAGUUACUGCACAUGGCUCCAGUGGUGAUUUGGUAUCAGCUAGAGAAAUUUUAAAUUACAAUGAAGAAAAAAAGGAUGUAAGCAUGGCUCAUCAAAUAAAUCAAGGUGAAAAUGCAACAAUUGACUCGGUUAACUUGACAACAGCAUUAUACCAUGUCAACAUGGCGAAGAGACUUAUGGAUGAUCAGCCUAAAAGUGAUGAAGUUCAAAGUUCUACUUGUGAGAAUGCUGAGCCUGUGGCUGGUCCCUCACAGGCUAGUGAACCUUGUGUAGAAGCUCCUCGGUGCAUGGUGUGGUCUGAGCGAGAAGCAUGUGAAAGACAAGUCACGCAGAUAGGCACAUCUGCCUGUGGAGCUACAGCGAUAGUUAAUGUUUUUCUUGCACUAGGAGUUCCUGUAAAUACUGAAAGAAUUAAUGUUGCAGUAGGCACAAGACAAAGGGCCAACAAUGCACCUAUACCAAGGUAUUUAUUGUCACGCUCUGUGGCGGGUUGUACGGCGUCAGAUCUCGUCACGGGCAUACAAAAGGCCUCAGAUGGGUUGGUCACAGCGAGAUUCUUCCCAACAUAUCCCGAAAGAAGUCUUUCAUUGUUACAUUGGCUUGCUGAUUGGAUUUCAUUGGGUGCAGUACCAAUCCUCACGUUAAACCUUCAGCUGGAUAGCGAAGGUGAGAUCCCAGAUGCCUGGCAUCAUCAGAUGGUGUUUGGGGUGUCUCCUAGGGGAGUUUACCUGUGUAACCCAGUGGAAUGCGUCUCCGAAGGGGUUGUCUGGUCACGACUGGUGUCCCCUUCAGUGCUUCUGGUGAGGUCAAGGGAUAUCGUGGCCAGAUUUGACCCGGAGACGGAUAUGUCCCCGUUGACAGCGGUGCCUGAUGUCCGGUUUCAUAGGAUGAAUGUGCUUGGUCAAGUAGCAAACGUCCUUCGCGAAUGGCGUUACUCGGGUUGUACGGAAGCGGAUACGCGUACACGUCACAUAGUGAUCCCGGCUUCGUACCAGGCCGGAGUCACGGUGGCGGCUCUCACGGGCUCCGAGGCUCAUAGGCGCCUCAUGCACGCACCGCAUUUGACUGUCUAUACAGAGCCAUGAAAGUGGUGUUUGCUGAUUCGCAUAUAUAUGGUGAAUCAGAAGCCAAAAGAAGAAUGAACAUUAGUGACGUACCAUGGUCGCCAGAGAACCACCGAAUUUUUGUGUAUAACAUACUCAGUGUGGGUUAUUAACUUAUAUAAACUUGUAUAUAUGAGACGUUAUAUACAGGGUGCUUUUUAUUACUACCUUCUGAUCUUUUCUACAGUCGCUGUGUAUGGACUUGUCACGUGUCUAUACAAAUUUGAUUAGUUUCGCCUUUCACAGUCAGAUGGGAGCUCAGUACUAAGAAUUUUAAACGACCUAAAAAACGAAGUAGAACGUUUAUAGUUCGAUGAUAAUUACGUAAGUAUCAUCAGGAUCAAAUCUCUCUAUAAAACGUGGUUAAAAAUAAAAUGUAAUUUCAGUUAUUGCUUUAAAACAUAACGAAGAAUAAUGAGUAUUCUUAAAAAAAUAAUAUUU